AUGAAGCUCUCGGUAUUAUCAAUGGCCUUCACGCUAGAGCGAACCGGUGUGCAAGAGGUGCAUGACCAGCGGUUUCCCUUGUUCGUAUCCUGCCAGGCGAAAACCCCGAGGAGAGCGAAAGCAGAAAUCCGCGGUUCAGAUCGUCGGCUUGAGGCUCAGGAAAAUCGCUCUAGUGUGCCUACAGACAUCCGUGCGCCCGAUACACCCUCCCCUAGUCAAAUCGACCAAGCCAGAGCAACGGUGCCACAGGCUUCCGAAUCGGAACAAGGGGCUAACACAUGGAUAUACCGGAUGGUCAGUGGAGCUAAAAACAGCAUUGAGAGCCUCGCCAACAAGGGGGAAUUCACCUUCGACCCGCCGCCUCCAUGGGCUCAAUCUACAGUAAACAACGCCAUCAACCGCCUUGACACGGCCCUUGGUCAACUAGCUGCUCCAAGUCCUCAACCUUUCAAUAAUUCGGUAGAUGGUUCGAAACCCAAUCUCCUACCAUGCGAUGCGCAGCGAUAUUUAGACACUUUCCUCGAUAUCAUUCUGCCUCAUUUUAAUGUAUUUGGCUCUUUCAGAAAUGUUGUGGACCCGGGAUUCCUAAGAGCCUUGCCCCAUAUCAUUGACUCGCCCUAUGCUCAAGUUGACCCUGCGAUGCGAAUCAUCUAUUACAGCGGUAUAUAUUUCGGUCAAAUGCUCGGGAGGAAAGACGAACAGGGAUUGGCGAUAUUAGCGUACUACAGAUGUCUCCAGUCUGUCCCCAAGUGGCUCGAAUCAGCGCGAGGGUCGCCACUAGACCUUCUCGCUGCCUCCUUGACUGCAUGGCUGGCGAUCAAUAAUUUUGAUUACCACCUGGCAUGGCAGUUCCACUGCCAGGCGUGUCGUUUCGGAGGCCUCCUAGGCAUACAUGAUGUUGACUCGUCUCCGCCCGGCACUGCACAUGAAGGCUUGGAGGAGGAGAAGGAAAUCAAACGCCGGCUACAUUGGUAUCUAGUCGAACUAGACUUCCUAUUCAGGCUUUGGUAUGACAAGCCCAAGGCACUAGAAUAUCCCAUAGCUCAAGUCAAGCUUCCGGCAGAAAUUUCGCCCCAAACAAAGCAGCCCAAGCCCGCCCACUGCACCUUGUUCAUUGUUUGGUCGCGCGCGCUAUUUCUACUGGAUGAGUUUUUCGGCGUUUUGGAAUCUUCGCAUGGUCAGACCUACGCCGAAGUCAGCAGCAAAACAGACAACUGUUGUAACGAGUUAUGGGAGCUGCUUACGGACUGGGAUAUGUUAUCAGUUGCACGAUCACCCAGGAUUGAACCUGUAAAGUCUUGGCUUUAUGCAGAUUCUAUCAUUGCCCUUUACAGUUUCAUCAUCUUAAUGCGACGGAAGGCGUCCAACAGCGAUAGAUCCCCGCACCCGCAAGCUGUAAAUGCUGCGAGGAUAGUGAUUAACACCAUUAUCGAAUGGGCUGGGAAGAAUGUUCUGCCGUCUGGAAUAGAACAAAGUUUCAAUCCGCAGUAA